AUGGACCACGGCACCGAUCCACCACUGCAUCUCCACCAGCAUCGCCACGGCCAAAGACCACAGCGUCUCGGCACCACACACGACGCUAUGUCAUCCCCCUCCGGCUCGCUUCCGCAGCAUGCAUCUUCUCCAUCCUCCUCCACCGCAGCAUCGCCACCACCAUCCUACUUUGUCCGCUCUCACCAAGCGCAAGACCUUCAGCCCAAUGACGCUCCUGUCUCGUCGGACCCGGCAUUCCCUCGCACUCCCACCACCGAUGCCCAAGACGGCCAGCAUGAGCCAAAGCAUCAGCGCGAUCAAGGCCCAGUGCUUUCAAAUCACACGCGCGCUUCGAGCUCCACUUCGAUAGACGGUCGAAACAGCAUUGCCGUGGCCAUCAAGUGCCCCUCACUCGACAAGGAUUCGGCCGUGGUCAGCGCCAGCCUCACCGACACGGUUCUUUCCCUCAAGCGCAACAUUGAGCGCACAUGGCCUGGAGCGCCUCGCGCCGAAGGAAUGCGCUGCAUUCGCUCCGGUCGCAUCUUGCAAGAUUCGGAACUACUCGCGCAGCUGGCCCAGAACCCAAAGCUGACAUUCCCCUUCUCACUUUCUGCCCCCAUUCUGCAACGUGAACGUGCAUACGAUAAGCUCGAGCAAGACGAGCCUCUCUCCCUUCAUUUGGUCAUUCGGCCAGACGCGUGGUCGGACCCACAAAAUCGACCCACCCCCUCACGCCGCAGCUCCUAUCUGCGCCAACAGCAGCAGCAACUCUUGGAGCAACAGCUUCAAAACUUGCCCCGUUCCGCACUCGCCAACGAGGUUCCCCUGACCCACCACGCCGACGUCAACGCUUCAUCGCUACACGUGGCUGCAUGCACUCAGUCCCCUUCGCGCCCCACCCCUCAGUUCGAGCCGUACUUUUCCGACCCACGUCCUCUGCCAAGCUCAAGCUCAGCCGCAUCUCCCAAGGGUCCCUGUUCCCUUCAAACAGAUGGCGCUUCGCCAUUCACAUCACGCCCUGCAGCCAUGCCAGCGACCGCGCGAGCAAGCCAGGCGUCGGCCGACGCUCACGCCGUCCUCGAGCAGACCCUCCGCGUUACUGCACCACAAAACUGGCCUCUGCUCGUCCAAGUCCUCGAAUCAGCAUGCGACGAGUACGUCCUCAUUUACGAGGCCAUCUACAACCAGGCUGUGGCUGCACAAAAGCUUGCGUCCGGCCGGCCAGAUGAUUCAUCAGCACCCGAACUCUCGCCGCCGAGCGAGCUCCUGACCGAUGUCGAGAUCACCCUGCUCGGGUGGGACCCCGUGGCGCUGCCCGGUUCAGACUGCAGUGCGGGCUCGACCUCGGAAUCGCAAGGCGAGAUGCAAUAUCUCUACCAGCAGGUCUCGCACCGCGGCUUGCCGUAUCUUCUGCGCAUCUCGAGCCAGCCCAUCGACGUGGAGCGAAGCGAGGCGCUCAACACGCUGCUCGAACGCAUCACCGUCCUUCGCUCCAUGAUCGACAAGAUCGACAACAUUAUCAGGCUCGGCAGCCUCUUCGGAACCGCCUCAUCGGCUCCUCUCAUCGGCAGGGCCGGCGCUUCCAGCCGCGCAAUCGACGCUGAUGCCGCACGUGUCGCUGCACCUCAACAGCGCGGCCGCCUUGCCCAUGCGACGAGCGCAGUGCGAGAUUGGAUCGUCGGACUGCGCACCGUCACGCUGGCAGAUGUAACGGCGGUGUUGGUGCCGAUGUUCUUCGUCGGCCUCAAGGUCGGCCUCCUCCUCUCGGUGAUGCUGCCUGGUGCAGACACCGUGAAGCGAUACUUUGUGAUCGGCAUGGCGGCGGUGUACGUGGUGUUCGAGAGCUUCCGCAUCGUCCAGCGCCGCGAGCGCGCGAGGCAGAGGAUGCAGCCUCGACCAGCGCCACCACGUCCCCCCCUCGCUGACGCCGGCGACGCUGCUCCUGGCAAUCUGAACCGGGCUGCGGGAGGCGAGAAUCGAGGCGCUGGAGUCGGAGCGGACGUCGCUGCGCCCGCGGGAGACAAUGUGCCGAGCGCACCGUCGCACGAAGAGCAAGUGGAGCGCCAAGCUACGGAAGAGCCGCUGCGGCCGCUGCCGCCGCCGCAGGCGCCCGCGCGCUUCCGCUCACGCUCGAGGUUCACGUACGACUGGUGGAUCGACCACAUGGCCUUUAUUGGUCUCGACUCGGAGGAUGCUGAGCUCGGCUUGUUGCCGCCGCCCGCAUCGACGCGCGGUGGAGCUGCGGGAUCUUCCGCGCAACCAGGCACGCCGCACGCGGACGGAUGGGUGACGCGCAUGGUGUCUUCGAGCUGGGUGGUGCCGGUGGUGCUGUUUGUGGUGACCAUGAUGCCCGAGGUGGAGCAGCGGCGGAAACGCGCCAUUGAGGAGCGCGAGCGCGUUAUCCGCAAGUGGACACGGCUCGAGCACGAGCGUCGCCAGCGUGCACACGAGAUUCUUGCCCAGCAGGCCGAGACGGACAAGCCGCCCGUACUGGAGCGCGUGAUUGGGCAGGAUACGCUGCUGCAGGUCAAGCGCACGCAGUACGCGGAUCGCAUCGCGCGCCAGCGCCGCACCACCGAAGCCGUCGAUGUGGACCCCGACGACCUCGAUGCACGUGCGGCACUCGCAGCUGCCGCCGAAGAGGACGACGACGACUUUGAGGACAUGAACAUCUUUUGA